AUGAACAAGCACUUCGCCAAGGAUGAGGCUAAGAAUUUGACGACCCUCAUAUACAGCUUGGAAGGAGACCGGUACCAGGUACCACUCCUCAUCAAGCCCUCUUGCUGUGGAGUCUUGGCUGAUAACCGCAGCAUCGCGCAGACGAGACUACUCUCGCAGCUUCGGCGUCUUCGAGACCAUCCGGAUCUCCUAAAGCAGUACCACGACACGAUUUCCGAAUAUUUCCUCGAAGGCCACGCAGAGAAAGCCCCGGAGGUACCUCAGGAGUACCUCUACUAUCUUCCUCACCAUGCUGUAAUCCGGAAGGAAGCAGUGACAACAAGGUUGGUGUCCUUCCGUUGUUAUCCUAUCAUUCUCACCGCGGAUAUCCGGAAAGCGUACCUGCAGAUCUUAAUUCGUCCCGAAGACCGCGACGCAUUGCGUUUUCUGUGGCCAGAAGACCUUCCAUGUCCAGAAAACCCAUGCCCCCAGAUCCAGGAAUGGAGAAUGACGCGUGUCCCCUUUGCAUCUAGUCCGUUUCUCCUAGCCGCCACACUCCGUCACCACUUCGAUAGUGUACAACAUAAAUACCCAGCGGCUACAGAGCGCCUUCGACACGCUUUCUACGUAGACGACCUCAUCGUAGGAGCCACAUCAGAAGAAGACGCGCUUCUGAUUUAUCGUGAGGCAGUCACGAUGCUGCAAGAAGCUGGCAUGGACCUCCGCAAGUGGUGCUCCAACUCGCCGACCCUCUGA